AUGCACAUAUUCAUAUUUCUUAACGCCAUGCACAUAUUUAUAUUUCUUAAUGCUAUGCACAUAUUUAUAUUUUUACUAGGUUACAAAGAGUGUACUGUUUACAUAGGGUGUUCUGAUCCAUUAUACACCAAUGGUUGAUAUAGGGUUAUAUACCUAUUAUGGCCCUUAAGACACAGCAUAUCACUCCAUAUGUUAUCACUACACAAGUUCCUAUCAAUACCACAUACCUAACAUGGUCCGAUCAUGACUAAAAUAGUAAUCUUGUUAUCAGUUAAUACCUGGUUAUACUAUACCAUGCUGUUACACAUCAUAAUACCACACCAGCAUGUCCUCUUUUACAUAUCACCUUCAUCUUUACCUAUGACAAUGUGAGUCUCCCCCUUACAAUGUGAUCACUAUACAGGCAGUGCUUACUUCUUCUCUGCACUGAUUAACAGACUAAUAUCCCUGUAUAGUUCUCUAUAAACAUCUUGUCUCCCUCUCAUGCCUGCUUAUCCCCUAACAGUGCGAUCCUCACAGGAUUCACAUAGCCUGAAGUGUCUAAGAGACUGUCAGUAUCUCCUGACAGUGCAAUCCUUAUAUACACAGUGCUCACAGCCCACACUGACCAGGCAGCUAGUAUCCCCUGACAGCACUAUUUGCAUAUAGAUAAUAAUCGCACAGCUUACACUGAAUAGGAGCCUGUCAGUGUCCUCUGCCAGUACGAUCCUCACAGCCUUCACAAGUAAGGAGAAACCACAUUCAGAGCUGAUUGGUAGAGAGCUGACCAUGUGACCUCCUAGCAUAGCAACGCGUCCAGGGCAACCAGCCCUGCUUCAGAGCUCACUGCUAUUGACGUGCUUCUCACACAGGAAGUGCCUUGUUUACACUGUUCACAUGAUGCGGCUGACAGCUUCCGGCCCACUGCGAUUCUCCAGCAGUUGCUAGUCUUGGUCAAACACAUAACCUGACCUUAUAUUACCACAAUUUGUAAUUGUUUUGCUUCCUAAUGUAUAUUCAUACUGUAUAUUAUAUGUAAGUGCUGUUUCUGUUCCUGUACUUUGAUUUUCAAGUUUGGAUUGUUACUCCUCCCAUGUGUUUUUGGCGCCCAUUUUUGGGCUAUAUAAACCUGCUAUUGUUGUACUGUCCUUAUCCUGAUCUGAGGAAGGGAGGGAUCCUCCCGAAACGCGUAAUCUUGUCCAUUUUAUUGUUUUUUUAAUAAAAUGUCCUGCUGAGGACUUUCCUAUUACCUUUGGCAUCCGCCUCAUCUGUCUACAAGAGUCUGCAGCGCCAUACCUGAGGGUUUUUUCCUGCUCUACUUCUAAUAUUGACUCCCAGGACGACUUGUUUCCUCCUGCAACCCAUCGGCAUAGCAGCGACUCGUACUACAGUACCCAGAUUAUAUCGUGGGUGAUAUGCUUUUUUGCAUAGAUCUCAAGAUUCUUCAACACAGGCCGUUAGCUGUAACGUGCCAGAAGAGUUUCUACUCAUGGCCGAGGCGACCGUGACUACCCUCCCUUCAUUCGCUACCAUGGACCUCAAGAAUACAAGAUUAAACAGGAGAUCCAUGAUGUUCGACACCCUUGUGACUUCCACACCAUUCAUUGGAACAGUGAUGUCCUCCUCUGAUCCUGCAGGUACUGUUAAGGUUAAUGAUUUUGAACAAAUGAAAAGCCUCUUCUUUGAACUUGAAAAACUCUCAGCGGAAGAAACUCACCAUCAACUGGACAGUGCUUUUCUUAAAGUAUAUCUGAAUGAAAAACUUGUUCCCAGGGGUUUAAGACUGAGACCAAUUGCAUCAUUCAAAGAGGACACUGAGUUUUACAGUAAAUGGGAAUAUGCUUUAAACUUCUGUUCCUCCACACUCCUUCAAUUAUUAUCAGAAAAAAGGGACUCAGUUGUAGACCACCUCUCGGAUAAAAUCGAUAACUGCAUAUUUGCACUCUCGAAGUUCCAACAUUUACCGGAAUACACAGAGUGGCAGUUAUCUCAUAACACAAAAUCACUCAAGUUGGAAAAAGAAAUAUUACAAAAAAAGCUGACCAAGCUGAACAGAGAUAGGAAUGACUAUCAGAAUAAUAACAUCAAAUACUGGCUCAAAACAGACAAACCACAUGAUGGGAACCUCACUUAUAGUAAAAACAAAAAUAUUAAUAAUAAGACAAAUAAAAAUAAAUAUCCACCACGUUCCUUAAACAAUACUAAAACCUUCAGACCAACUUACAAAACUACCCCCCAGCCACCAUCUAAUCUCAUUCAUAAAACCACAACCCAGAAUACUACUCCUCGGCAACCCUACUCCCACAAACCCAGACGCCUUAAUCCAUCUGAACCUACCCACCAGUCACACUCCAACUCUUUCCAUAAACAGCUUUCUACCUCUGAUUGUCACUCCCAUCCAUCCAAUAUUAUACCACAGACCAGCACUCAUACUACUACCGUCCAUCAUCCCACCAUCAAUACGGCUCCAUCUAAUCCACCUCCUCAGGAACUCAUUGAAUUUAUUAACUCAUGUAGCCUCAAUCCACCCAAACACGAACCUUCUAAACGCCUUCCUUCAGGCCGUUUCUCUUCAUCUGACCAAGAUUCUCUCCUUGAUGACUCACUACUAACCGUUCAUAUCACUACCCCCCCUUGCAGUAAUGAUCCAGGACGCAUAUAUUUCACCCCAAUGGAGAACCCCCCCACUAACCAUCCCAAACUCUCAAAUACCACCAUCCCCAAUAUGGAUUUAUCCUUACCCCACAACCAACACAACACUACUGUUUUUUUAGACCUCCCCCGCAGAAUUCAGAUAUCACCCCCACCUAUGAAACCCACAACCCCUAUGGAACUAGUGGACAUAGCUCCCCCUUUAGGGGUAAAAAGAAAAGACCGCGGAGACGGGGAUGCAGGGGAGGUCGAAAAAGAAACGAGGGAAGACAAGAGAAAAAGGAAGAACAAGACACACAAGGUUGUCCAAAUAUAG